AGCGAAUCAGUUAUCUGGUCCGCAUGCACACCUCACUUCCAUUUGGAGAUAUUUCAUUAACUCAGAGCCGUCUUAACGCUGGCCACAGCACUUAGCGUCCUUUCAACAGUCACCAGCGGAUUGCCAAACUGGUGCUGCAACUUUCCUGCAUAAAUUUAGCUAGAAUAUGUCGUUGACCAACACAAAGACGGGCUUUUCUGUGAAGGACAUCUUGGACCUCCCUGACACCAAUGAUGAGGACGGCUCUGUUACAGAAGGAGCAGAGGAAGAUACAGAGGGGUCUGAAGCAACGAAAACGAGUGGAGUUCUGGGGCAGAGCCCCUCAGAAAACGUGCAAACCCUUCCUUUAAAGAACCCAUUUUACGAUAAUAGUGAUAAUCCUUACACAAGAUGGCUUGCCACUACAGAGAGCAUUCAAUAUUCAUUGCAUGGUUUAUCAUCAAACUCCCAACCACAGGACUCGUCUGCCAAAUCCCCAGAACCUUCUGCAGACGAAUCGCAAGACAAUGACAAGGAAACUUCAAGCAACGGCAGUGACUCUGGGAAGAAGAGAAAGCGAAGAGUGCUGUUUUCGAAAGCUCAGACCUACGAAUUGGAACGGCGAUUCAGACAACAGCGGUAUCUUUCAGCACCCGAAAGAGAACACCUUGCUAGUUUGAUCCGUCUAACGCCGACUCAGGUGAAAAUCUGGUUCCAGAACCACCGAUACAAGAUGAAGCGGGCCCGAGCAGAGAAAGGUAUGGAGGUGAGCCAUCUCCCUUCCCCGCGACGGGUGGCAGUGCCCGUCUUAGUCAGGGAUGGUAAACCGUGCCAUACGCUCAAAGCGCAGGACUUGGCGGCCACUUUCCAGGCUGGAAUCCCAUUUACUGCAUAUAGCGCCCAGGCUCUCCAGCAUAUGCAAUAUAACGCCCAGUACAGCUCCAGCACUCCCCAGUUCCCCACGGCACAUCAUUUGGUGCAAACUCAACAGUGGACUUGGUGAACCAUAUAAAAAGACUGAUGCGCUGUGUAUUUUAGGGACGCUUUAAAGUAAAGAAAACGACUUUUGCAUUUUGCAGCUUGAUCCAUACGACCAUUUUAUUUUGGUGGUGUUUCGUGCGCCAUGUUUACAGAGUUUUCGCCAUGAAAACCGCGUCCUGCCUCCUAAUUGGAAAACUUCAAUGCUCUUGUGAUUUUUUUGUACAGUAUGAUUGUGUGUUGUAGAAUAUGUUCAUUUUAUUUUAUUUUUUGCCAAUCGUGUAUAAAACACGUACAGAAACCACUUUUAAAUUAUAGAGAGUUUUGUCUUGCUCAUUUUAUAUGGUACUUAAAGAAAAUAAUAUUUAUGGCCAUGUAUAAAAUCCUGGCAACUUUUAGUUUCUUAUAUUAUUUUAUCCUGAUUUUUGUAAAUAGUUUGUCGUAAUUGUUGCCAAGCAGAUCACUUUCAGGGCGUUUCAUUUGAUGUAGAUAUUUCCCAAAAGAAAACUGUGGAAAAGUGUCAGUUUCAGUUUAACAUUUUAGAGCUAAUUGUCAGAAUAAUCGCAUAAACGCGCGCUGA